UUUACAAUAUUUCCACGAAAUAUCACACCUUUCCUUCGGCCACCCGAUUCGUCCUGAAAAAUCUAGUUUAAACCAGUUCUGUUGAGUUUGGUUUAGUAAUCGGUGAAACUUUCCUGCCUGGAUUGGAUCUCUUGUUGAUUAGCUCCGAGACUGACACCGCGCCAUUUUGCUUUACGUACACGUUUUUCGAUUUUUUUAAUCAGUAAUUUCUAAUUUUUAAAAAUGUCUGGUGAAGAAACCUCCGCCGAUAGAAACGUGGAAAUAUGGAAAAUAAAAAAACUGAUCAAAAGCCUGGAGUUAGCCCGAGGGAACGGAACGAGCAUGAUAUCUCUCAUCAUCCCUCCGAAAGAUCAAAUAUCUAGGGUAAGCAAAAUGUUGGCCGAUGAAUUUGGAACAGCCUCUAAUAUUAAGUCUCGAGUAAACAGACUUUCGGUACUCGGUGCUAUCACUUCGGUCCAGCACCGCUUGAAAUUAUACACGAAAGUACCGCCCAAUGGUUUGGUCAUAUACUGCGGAACCAUCGUUACCGAUGAAGGCAAGGAGAAGAAAGUUAACAUAGAUUUCGAGCCCUUUAAACCGAUCAAUACCUCAUUAUACUUGUGCGAUAACAAAUUCCACACUGAAGCUUUGACUGCCCUUCUAGCCGACGACAAUAAGUUCGGUUUCAUCGUCAUGGAUGGUAACGGUGCCCUAUUCGGUACUCUUCAAGGGAAUACCAGAGAGGUACUGCACAAGUUUACUGUAGACUUGCCGAAGAAGCACGGAAGAGGAGGUCAGUCUGCCCUACGUUUUGCGCGUCUCCGUAUGGAAAAAAGGCACAAUUACGUCAGGAAAGUAGCCGAAGUGGCCACCCAAUUGUUCAUUACCAAUGACAAACCUAAUAUAGCUGGCCUAAUAUUGGCGGGUAGUGCUGAUUUUAAGACUGAACUUAGCCAAUCCGAUAUGUUCGAUCCGAGAUUGCAAGCUAAAGUAAUAAAAUUAGUAGACGUCUCGUACGGCGGUGAGAACGGCUUCAAUCAAGCCAUCGAAUUGGCAGCUGAGUCGUUACAAAACGUCAAAUUCAUUCAGGAGAAGAAACUAAUUGGAAGAUAUUUCGAUGAAAUUAGUCAAGAUACGGGAAAGUAUUGUUUCGGCGUGGAAGAUACGCUCAGAGGGCUCGAACUCGGGGCUGUCGAGACGUUGAUUUGUUGGGAGAAUUUGGACAUACAAAGAUACGUGUUGAAGAAUCACACUACCGGCUCCGAGACCAUACUACAUUUAACUCCUGAACAAGAAAAGGAUAAAUCUCAUUUUACAGACAAAGAGACUGGCGUUGAACUGGAAUUGGUGGAGUGUCAGCCACUGUUGGAGUGGCUGGCGAACAAUUACAAGAAUUUUGGUGCUACGUUAGAAAUAAUUACGGACAAAUCGCAAGAAGGUUCUCAAUUUGUUCGAGGGUUUGGUGGAAUCGGAGGUUUACUACGGUAUAAGGUAGACUUCCAAAGUUUGCAACUAGACGAGAUGGAAAAUGGGGACGAAUUUGAUUUAGAUGAUUAUUAAAUGUAGAGGACUAAAUUCAAUUUUAUAGAACUGUAAAAUGUGACAUACGAAUUGUGCAUAAAGUCCUGAUGGCAAUAUACUGUUUAUUUAUAUGAAGUAUUGAUGUCAUGUGCUUGGCACAAGUAUUUAAUAAUGUCCCAAACAAACCGUUAAUCGAUACUUAUUUUAUUGUCAAAUUUAAUGUAUACUGCAGGAAACGUUGCGUUUCCUUUAUAGGUGGAAUUGUGUACAUAGUAAUACGUCGGUUUAUUAUUACAUUUUUUAAUAAAACCUAUGUUUAAAAUUUAAUUUAACAAUUUGGUUCGAAAUAAAAUGAGUUUUUUUACAAAUUUUUAUAGUAUUGGCAUUAAAAAGCGCGUAUUUAAGCCCUUUGUAGAUAGUUGAAAAGAGGAACAUUUCACAUAAAUCGAAACACCCGUUAACCGUUUUAAAAAACCGCUCAAAAUGUAGCUAAGUAUAAGAACGCAUUUUAUAUAGCUUUUUUAUUAGCUUCGAAAUCUCGAAAAAUUUUGAUACUCGGAAGAAAAAAAAAUGUAACCUUACUUCGCUUCGAUAUUGAUGUACCUUCGAAUCGAACAUUGGCUUUUCACUUGUACGAUUAAAUUUCUUUUGAAUACGUUACUUCGAAAUUAUUUUAUCCUACUGCACCUAUAUUAUAUUCACCGUUGCACGUAUACUUUAACAUUACCGUCAUUACAGAUGUAUUAGAAAAGAAACCCUUACCUAAUUUACAGUUUAUGUUAUGUUGGA